GGGGAGGGGGUAGGAGAGGGAGGAAAAAGAGAGAGAGAGAGGAAAAACACUACCCCCGUCUCACGGUGUCCCUCCUGUCGCCAUAUUCUCCAUGCAGAUCUCCAGCAGAAGGAACCCCUUCUUAGGGCAGCAAGAAACUUCAACUCCUUCCUGAACACCUAUAUAAUAUUUUAAAACAGGCUGCACAGAAGAGAUCGUCUUCCAAGGCCAGCUGUCCAAGAUGACUAACAUAUCCUAUCACAUCUCCAACCUUUUGGAGAAGAUGACAUCCACCGACAAAGAUUUUAGGUUUAUGGCUACCAAUGACCUGAUGAUGGAACUGCAGAAAGAUUCCAUAAAGCUAGACGAAGACAGUGAGAAAAAAGUUGUGAAAAUGCUUCUAAAAUUACUUGAAGACAAAAACGGGGAGGUGCAAAACCUGGCCGUCAAAUGUUUGGGCCCUUUGGUGAGCAAAGUGAAAGAAUAUCAGGUGGAAACAAUUGUUGAUACACUGUGUACAAACAUGUUAUCGGAUAAGGAACAGCUCCGGGACAUCUCCAGUAUUGGGCUGAAGACGGUCAUUUCUGAGUUGCCUCCUCCAUCUACAGGUUCCACUAUGACAGCCAACGUAUGCAAAAAAAUCACAGCCCAGCUUACUGGAGCCAUUGGAAAGCAAGAAGAUGUCUCUGUGCAGCUUGAAGCUCUUGACAUCUUGUCAGAUAUUUUGAGCAGGUUAGGGGGGACUCUGUAUUCCUUCCAUUCCUCAAUCCUGAACUGCCUCCUUCCUCAGCUGACAAGUCCCAGGUUGGCUGUGCGCAAAAGGGCCAUCAUUGCCCUUGGCCACUUGGUUUUGACUUGCAAUGGGAACAUUUUUGCAGAGCUUAUGGAGCACCUCUUAGCAGAGCUGAAGAGAAACAACUCCACAUCUACCACCAGAACAUACAUCCAGUGUAUUGCUGGAAUCAGCAGGCAGGCUGGGCACCGCAUAGGAGACUAUCUGGAAAAGAUGAUCCCCUUAAUCGUUCAGUACUGCAACGUUGAGGAUGAUGAGCUGAGGGAAUAUUGCUUCCAGGCCUUUGAGUCUUUUGUGAGAAGGUGUCCAAAAGAAAUUGGCCCUCACCUUCCUAGUGUGACAGCAUUGUGCCUCAAAUAUAUCACUUAUGACCCAAACUACAACUAUGACAACGAGGAGGAGGAUGAAGAAGAAAUGAUGGAAACUGAAAAUGGGGAGGAUGAGGAACAAGAAAGUGAUGAUGAGUACAGUGACGAUGAUGACAUUAGCUGGAAAGUUCGCAGGUCUGCGGCGAAGUGCCUUGAGGCUAUUGUCAGCACCAGGCAUGACCUCCUGCAGGAUUUCUACAAAACACUCUCACCGGCUUUAAUAAGCAGGUUCAAGGAAAGGGAGGAGAAUGUUAAAGCAGACAUCUUCUGUGCUUAUAUAUCUUUGUUGAAGCAAACGCUGCCCAUUCAGAGUUGGUUGCAUGCUUCAGAUGAGGCAAGCAAGGAGGAUAUACCUCUCACCAUGCUCCAGAACCAGGUUCCAAACAUCGUCAAGGCCUUGCACAAGCAGCUCAAAGAGAAGAGUGUCAAGUCAAGACAGGGUUGCUUCACUCUCCUGACAGAACUGGCUAAUGUUCUUCCUGGUUGCCUUGCAGAUCACAUACCUGCACUAGUACCUGGCAUUGUCUUCUCCCUGACUGAUAAAUCCAGCUCCUCCAACAUGAAGAUUGAUACGCUGUCUUUUCUUCACGUCGUCCUUUGCAACCACUCCCGGGAUGUGUUCCACCCACAUGUUAAGGCCCUGUUGCCCCCCGUUGUGAUUUGCAUAGGGGAUCCCUUUUACAAGAUAACUUCAGAAGCUCUGCUGGUUACGCAGCAGCUGGUGAAAAUCAUCCGGCCCCUGGAUGUGCCUUGUACGUUUGAUGCCAAGCCCUAUGUGAGAGACCUCUUUUCUGCUACUCUGAAGAGGUUGAAAGCUGCUGACAUUGACCAGGAGGUGAAAGAACGGGCCAUCUCUUGCAUGGGGCAAAUUGUUUGCAACCUUGGAGAUUACCUAAGCAGUGAUCUCCAGCCAACCUUGAAGAUUUUCCUGGAGAGGCUGAAAAACGAAAUAACCCGACUGACCACAGUCAAAGCGCUAACUUUAAUUGCUAGCUCCCCACUCAGAAUAGACUUGAGGCCCAUUCUUGCAGAAGGAUUCCCCAUUUUGGCUUCCUUCUUGCGAAAGAAUCAGCGUGCCUUGAAACUGAGUACCUUGACGGCUCUCGACAUCUUGAUCAAGAACUACAGCGACAGCCUCAAGCCGGCCAUGAUUGAAUGUGUUCUAGUAGAGCUCCCUGAUUUAAUCAGUGAGAACGAUAUGCACGUUUCUCAGGUGGCUAUCGUGUUCCUUACAACCUUAGCUAAGGUUUAUCCCUCGUCCCUGUCGAAGAUCAGUGGUACAGUUCUCUCGGGACUCUUUCAGCUUGUUUACUCGCCUCUGAUGCAAGGCGGGGCCCUGAAAGCCAUUGUGGACUUCUUCCAAGCAUUGGUUGUAACUAAGACAGUCAACAUGAGUUAUGCAGAACUGAUGAAGCAGCUGACUAGCCCUAUAUACACUUCGAGCCCUGGCGGGGCAUCUGCAAAUUUACAUAAGCAGGCCUAUCACUCUGUUGCAAAGUGCGUGGCAGCCCUUUCUUCCGUGUGCCCCAAAGAAGCACCCGGGGUGGUCAACCAGUUCAUUCAGGAUGUGAAGAAUCCCAAGUCCAGCGCUGCUGUCAAAAUGUUGGCCUUCCUUUCACUGGCCGAAAUAGGACGCACCACGAACCUCAGCGCUCAGAAGGAGCUCAAAGCCGUGAUAUUGGAUGCGUUCGCUUCGCCCAGCGAAGAGGUGAAAUCGGCAGCUUCCUACGCUCUGGGCAACAUCAGUGCGGGCAGCCUGAAAGAGUACCUUCCCUUCAUGCUCAAAGAGAUUGGAGGCCAGCCUAAACGGCAAUACUUGCUGCUCCACUCCUUGAAGGAAGUCAUCAGCUCCUCUCCGGGAGAGAGCCUGAAACCCUUCGUGGAGGACAUCUGGGCCCUGCUCUUCAAACACUGCGAAUGCACUGAGGAAGGGACUCGCAAUGUAGUCGCCGAGUGCCUGGGGAAACUGACCGUGGUGAAUCCUUCUCAGCUGCUGCCCAGGUUGAAAAAACAGCUGUCAUCAGGUUCACCAUAUGCUCGAAGCACAGUAGUAACUGCAAUCAAAUUCACCAUUUCAGAUCAUCCACAGCCCAUUGAUCCCCUUCUUAAAGGAUGCAUAGGUGACUUCUUAAAAACACUUCAGGAUCCCGACUUGAAUGUUCGACGUGUUGCUUUAGCUAUGUUUAAUUCUGCUGCUCACAACAAACCUACUCUGAUCAGAGACCAGCUCAGCACAGUACUGCCCCACCUGUAUAAUGAAACCAAGAUUAGAAGGGAACUGAUACGGGAGGUAGAAAUGGGGCCAUUCAAACACACAGUAGAUGACGGCCUUGAUGUAAGGAAAGCUGCUUUUGAGUGCAUGUACACACUUUUGGAAAGCUGCCUUGACCGACUAGACAUUUACGAGUACUUGAAUCACGUGGAGGAUGGCUUGAAAGAUCAUUAUGACAUCAGGAUGCUGACUUUCAUUAUGCUGGCUCGCCUUUCAACACUCUGUCCUAAUGCAGUCCUACAAAGAUUAGAACGACUAGUUGAACCCCUGCGAGCAACUUGCUCUACAAAGGUAAAAGCUGGCUCUGUAAAACAGGAAUUUGAGAAGCAAGAUGAACUGAAACGCUCAGCAAUGAGGGCAGUAGCUGCCUUAUUGACCAUCCCUGAUGUAGAUAAAAGCCCUGUGAUGGCAGAAUUUUACUCUCAGAUCAGAGCAAAUCCUGAAAUGUCUUCACUUUUUGAAAGCAUUCAAAAGGAUUCUACUUCAUUGUCUGCUGCAGAAUUAAUGGACUUGAGCUAGAACUCCCAAUUUUCUCCUCCUCCUUACACUCCACUAUGCUGAGGGUGGACAAUCAUAUUCUAGAGCUGAUUUUAGAUGCAGAUGUCAUUUUAAAAAUGACAACUUUCUAUAUAAACAGGCAUGAUUUUAGAAACAUAAAAAUGACAGUAAGGCCUGUUGAUAUCAAUAGGGUAACACCACUUUUAAGGUCACUUCUUUAGCUCAAAUACACAAUCAUGAUUUUUUGCCAAAAGUUGUGCAUUGACAAUUAUAUCUCAAACCACUGAUGUGGUGGCACUAUCAUGGAAUUUUGUAAAACAGUGAUGAUAAAUGAAGUUAUGCUAUGCUCAAGCAUUAGUCAAUGGCUACAAAGAUCUCAUAAUUGCCUCAGUUAGUGACUUUUAUGUGUGCUAAUUUUACACUGACUUGAGUGACUUUCAUAGUAGCAGGUGAACUGAAGUGCUAAACUAUGAAAGUAACCCAACUGUCUUCCAUGAUGGAAUGCCUUAUGCUUAAUAUUUGUCUGUUACCACAUACCUCUUAAAUGCAGCAGCUGGGUAUUUACUAUUCCCCCCCCCCAUGAGAGCUUGAUACCAAAGCAUUUAUUUUAAAAUACAAAAAGUUAGCAUGUCACUCCCAAGAACCAUUGAUCUCUCUGGUAUGAAGUAUUUAAUAAUGAAAUAGCACCAUCUGGUUAUAAAAAUGCUAAUACCAACAUACUGCUGUUUAAAUCUCACAGCACAGCAGAGAAAUUGUUAAUUUCGUGCAACCAUGGAUUAUUAAGCUUCACUUAUAGGAUUUUUUCCCCAUUUGAGUCAGUCUGUGAAUCACUUAAGUGCUCUAUUUAUAAAACAGGGUGUCACCUUUUUUGUUCUACAUGAAACACAUCCAAUGAAAAUAAAGAUCAUAAAUGCAUCAG